CUGAAUGUAGCUACGUAGUUUUAAAGCUGAAAGUACUAACAGCCUCGCCUCACGAGUCCUGCGCCUAAUUUGGUUAAUCGUGAUUUUUUUUAUUUUAUUAUGGCCAUGGGGUAGCUUUCGCAGUGUUUCGUUUCGUAAAUCUCUAAAUAAAUAUCUUUCAAUCUGGCCUAACAGUAUCUUUGCGUAACGCGUUAUCCAAUGUUAUGCUAGCUUACAGUAGCUAACAGCAACACGUAAAGUUAAGUUUAGCCUCAGCGUCCUUUGCUUUAGUGGUAGGACGUCAGCGACCGCUGGCAAUUUGCGUUUGUCUAAACAGAAACAUCCCGCUUAGUACAGUUAGCCCCGUGGCUAGCAGUGUCAUGAGUUGAAAACAAACAAGGCCACGAGAAAGAUUUAACGAUUCAACGUCCAAGAAUGGAUCAAAUGUCCAAGCGUUUUGUCGUCAUGGGUCGUUUAAGACGUGUUUUGAUGAAUAAUUGUUUGACCUGGCUGGCGGGGUAACAGUGUUUAUGUAUUCAAAUAUUCCCCAGGUUACUCAUCACAUAUCCGAUAUCUUUGUUUACAAAGUGUAGCUGACAGCUAAAGCAGUCAGAAACAUAGCGGAGCAAUGACGCUUGGUGGGGAUUGAAUCGCAUGAUAUGGGCUCAUCUGUUCCAUGGAUUAUAACUGAGAAUGCAGCACCAGCAGACGCUACUAAACCAGUUAAGGGAGGUAACAGGUACCACGGAUGUCCAGCUGCUUCAGCAGGCCCUGCAGGUGAGCAAUGGUGACCUGGCCGAGGCAGUGGCCUUUUUGACCGAGAAGAACACUAAGGUUCCUCAGCAAGACGAGACAACCUACUACCAGACAUCCCAGGUGGCCAGUGACAGAUACAUCAGUGUGGGCAGCCAGGCAGACACAAAUGUAAUUGACCUCACUGGGGAUGAUAAAGAUGACUUGCAGAGGGCUAUUGCCCUCAGCCUGGAGGAGUCCAACCGGGCAUUCAGAGAGACGGGCAUCACUGAUGAGGAGCAGGCCAUCAGCAGAGUUUUGGAGGCCAGCAUAGCUGAGAACAAGGCGAGUCUAAAGCGUACCCAUACAGAAGUGUGGAGCGAUUCACCCAACCCACAUGACAGAAAGAGAGUAGACAACUGCCCUGUGGGGCUGAAAAAUGUUGGCAACACCUGCUGGUUCAGUGCUGUCAUACAGUCUCUGUUCAACCUGCUUGAGUUCCAAAGGCUAGUCCUCCACUACUCCCCACCAAGCAGGGUCCAUGACCUGCCUCGUAAUCAGAAGGAGCACAGGAACCUGCCGUUCAUGCAGGAGCUGAGGAACCUCUUCUCCCUCAUGGUUGGAUCCAAGCGAAAAUAUGUGGAUCCAUCAAGAGCUGUGGAAAUCCUCAAAGACGCCUUUAAGUCCAGUGAGUCACAGCAGCAGGAUGUGAGUGAGUUCACCCACAAGCUGCUGGACUGGCUGGAGGAUGCUUUCCAGAUAAAAGCAGAGGAAGACAGGGAGGGUGAGAAGCCAAAGAACCCCAUGGUGGAACUUUUUUAUGGUCGUUUCCUUGCUGUGGGUGUCCUGGAAGGAAAACAAUUUGAAAACACAGAGAUGUUUGGGCAGUACCCCUUGCAGGUAAAUGGCUUCAAAGAUCUCCAUGAGUGUCUGGAGGCAGCAAUGAUUGAGGGCGAGAUCGAGUCCCUGCACUCGGCAGAGAAUUCUGCCAGGUCUGGUCAAGAGCACUGGUUCACAGAACUCCCACCCGUGUUAACCUUUGAACUGUCAAGAUUUGAGUUCAACCAAGCACUAGGGAGACCUGAGAAGAUUCACAACAAGCUUGAAUUUCCUUUUAUGCUCUACAUGGAUAGGUACAUGGACAGGAACAGAGAUCUUACCCGAAUAAAGAGGGAGGAGAUCAGGAGGUUGAAGGAGCAUCUGACGCUGCUUCAGCAACGCCUGGAGAGGUAUCAGAGUUAUGGCUCUGGCCCAAAACGGUUCCCCUUGGCAGAUGUCCUCCAGUAUGCUAUGGAGUUUGCCUCCAGUAAACCUGUGUGUACCUCCCCAGUGGAAGACAUUGACUCAUCAGCACCUCCUGGUGGCACAACAGGAAUACAGCUUCCCCCACCAAGCUCAGCUGAGCAGGACUCCUUGCCUCCACUAGAGAGCUCAGGCCCUGCCUCAGGUCCCAACACAGCUCCAACUGCAGUCCAGCAGCAGAGAGUGCCCAUUCAUAAGCCCUUUACCCAGUCCCGACUUCCACCGGACCUUCCCAUGCAUCCUGCCCCACGUCACAUCACCGAAGAGGAGUUAAGGGUACUUGAAAGCUGCUUGCAUCGUUGGAGGAGUGAAGUAGAAAAUGACACUCGUGAUCUGCAGGGCAGCAUAGCCAGAAUCCACAGAACCAUUGACCUGAUGUACACUGACAAAUCUAUGAUGCAGGUGCCAUACAGGCUUCAUGCAGUUCUAGUCCAUGAAGGUCAGGCCAGCGCAGGCCACUACUGGGCUUAUAUUUACGACCCACAUCAACGUUGCUGGAUGAAGUACAAUGACAUCUCGGUCACCAAGUCGUCCUGGGAGGAGCUCGUCAGGGACUCGUUUGGAGGCUACCGUAAUGCUAGUGCCUACUGUCUCAUGUAUAUCAAUGACAAGAAGCCCUUCCUCAUAGAAGAGGAGUUUGAUAAAGAAACAGGACAGAUACUCAGUGGCAUGGACAAACUGCCUGCAGACCUGAAGCAGUAUGUAAAGGAGGACAAUGAGCUAUUUGACAAGGAAAUUGAAGAGUGGGACAUCCUACAGGCCCGCAAGGCCCAGCAGGAGAAACUGGCUUUGGCUACCGCAGCCGCUGCCUCAGCAGCAUCCAGCACCUCGACUUCUUCCUCUUCCCCUCAGCCUAUGAGUAUUGAAUCCAGCACUCCAGACAAUGCAGUGCCCCAACAUGACCCAGAGUACAUGGAGCAGCCAUCACCUACAAAUGACUCGAAGCACCUGCAGGAGGAUACAGAAAGGGCUAUUUUCAGGGUUGCUGCUGAUCAGGAAGAGAAAAGCCCUGAAGCGCUAUUAAGUGCUUCUGUUCCCCCUUCCUCCACCCCUCCACCCGAGGUCCUGGUGGACACCUUCCACACCCCUCCUCCUGACCUGGUCAUGGAGGAUGAGUCCCCUGGUCAGCGUACCGUAGAGGUGGCAGUACCUAAUGUGGGGACUUUUGUCAUUGAAACAGAAGAGGGGGGGUACGAUGAUGAGGCUAUGAUGACCCCCAACAUGCAGGGUGUAAUAAUGGCCAUUGGCAAAUCCAACAGCGUGUAUGAACAGAAUGGGCCUGAGGCUGCAUUUUUUAAGGCCAUAAAACUGGAGUACGCUCGUCUGCUGAGGUUUGCUCAAGAGGACACACCCCCUGAAAAUGACUACCGACUUCAGCAUGUCAUCGUCUACCUAAUCCAAAACCAGGCCCCCAAGAAGAUCCUGGAGAGGACUCUACUCACUCAGUUUGCAGACAGGAACCUGGCUUUUGAUGAGAGAUGUAAGAGCAUUAUGAAUGUGGCACGUGCCAAACUGGACCUAAUUAAGCCUGAAGAGGUCAACAUGGAUGAGUAUGAGAUGUGGCAUCAGGAUUACAGGAAUUUCCGUGAGACAACCAUCUUUAUGAUGACUGGCUUGGAGCUCUUUCAGAAGGCCAACUAUGUGGAGGCCUUGAUGUAUCUGAUUUACUCGUAUCAGUACAACAAGGAGCUGUUGUCAAAAGGGCUGUACAGAGGACACGAUGAGGAGCUUCUGGGCUAUUACCGUCGAGAGUGUUUGCUGAAAUUAAAUGAGCAAGCAGCUGCCAUGUUUGAGAAUGGAGAAGAGCCAAAGGUGAUCACUGGCUUAGGCAUCAUGAACGAGCUGGUGGUGCCCUGCAUCCCCCUGCUGCUGGCCAAUGACACUGAGAGGGACCUACUGGCAGUCGAGGACAUAAGGAACCGCUGGUGCUCCUACCUCGGCCAAGAGAUGGAAUCUAACCUUCAGGAAAAGCUGACAGACUUCCUCCCCAAAUUACUGGACUGCUCGACGGAGAUCAGAAGCUUCCAUGAUCCACCCAAGCUGCCAGCCUACUCCGCCCUGGAGCUGUGUGAACGGUUCAGUCGCGUCAUGUCUGCCCUCGGCAGAGUGCCCACAGAAGGAAGAUGAGCCCAGAGUGACGGACAGGCGCCACUCUCUCUUGAUCGCCCUGGCCUGGGGCAGAAAUCCAUGGACCUCUCUUGACUCAUGCCUUCCUUAUCAAUCUUGGGGUCACUCGCUUCUAGCUAUUAUCCCUCUGUUACUCUUCUUUGCUGCUAUAGGUUUUAUCAUUACAAAUAUUAUUUCAUUUUAAGCAAAACAAGGACUGUUUGGAUGGAAGACAUAAUUGAGAGAGGAGAAGUCUGUGGGGGAAUACAGUGGCAAUCAUACAGUGGUUAAAAGCCAAGCACGUUCUGCUUCAGUUUCAUGCGAAAAAAAACAAGUUUUAAGGGUUUUUCAUAGUUUAUUAUAGUUGUUUUUGCUGUUGUUGUUUGAUUCAAGCACCCCCAACCACGCUCAUAGCCCUACCUAGAGCAUCCUUCGCUGCUGCUCCACCUCCAGUUUGGUACAAUAUUACCACCUUUCGUUUUAUUUUCUAAGGAAGUGAGGAGGAGAGCCUUCAGAUGUAUCAGCGGCUCAGAGUAUUUCAAGUGGGUCUCAGUCUUUGUGGACUGUUACAGAACGAGAGGUUUUAAGUGCUGUGGUAGACAGCCACGAACUUCCUGUGGUUUGUUAAUAAUUUGAGAGAAUAAAACUUUAUUUAUGGCCCUUUUAGGCCAAAUAAACAA